AUGGCGCCCGUGAACACCAGCAGAAUCCAUGACAUCAUCUUAUUGGGAUUUCCGUCGCUCCGACGCUUGAACACCGUACUGUUCGCGACGCUCCUUCUCAUCUAUGUAUUUAUUAUAAGCGGCAAUGCGCUGAUCAUCUUUGUGAUCCGGAAGGAGUCCUGUCUUCACGCUCCUAUGUACUCCUUCAUCGGAGCCUUUUCUGCCCUGGAAAUAUGUUACACGGCCGUUACCAUCCCCAAGAUGCUGUCCAACCUCCUGGACGAAGAGACGAAGAUUUCGUUGAACGGGUGCCUAUUGCAGGCCUACUUCUUGCACUCCCUCGGGGCCGCCGAGUGUUACCUUCUCACGACGAUGGCGUACGACCGCUACCUGGCCAUCUGCAAGCCCUUGAGAUACUCGGCCCUCAUGACCACCAGAGUCUACGGGAAAAUGGUGGCCGGCUGCUUCGUAUCCGGAUUCCUGAGUCCCGUGAUUGAGACGGCGCUGAUCUCCCGUCUACCUUUCUGCGGUCCCAACAUCAUCGAAAAUCUAUUUUGUGAUUUUCCCCCGUUAAUCGCGUUAGCCUGUACCGACACCACGCUCUAUAUUCUGGUGGAGUUCGUGGUCAGCUCCUUCAUCAUUCUUCUGAGUUCCUUCUUCGUCUUCCUGUCUUACUCAAGGAUAAUCCAAGUGAUUUUUAGGAUUCAGUCCAAGGAAGGACGUAAGAAAACAUUUUCCACUUGCGGGGCUCAUCUCAUCGUGGUGAUUCUUUUCUUUGGAAGCAUCGCUUUUAUGUACAUACGAGUUACCAAGAGUUACUCUUUAGACUACGACAAGGCGGUGGGUCUCACGUACGCCGUCUUUACACCUUUGGCGAACCCCGUAAUAUAUGGUUUAAGAAAUACAGAAAUUAAAAACUCAAUUCGCAAACGCCUGCAUCGGGACAAAAUCUGAAUAUGAAUUUUAAAAUUAUUUUAAAAAAAAAAAGUGUUAGUUCUAAAAAUCAACAUUAAAGCAUUUUCGGAACAUCCCAUAAUCACAGAACAACGAGAAAGAACACAGAAACGUCUUAUGCAUGAGA